AUGUUUGAUGAAAUUCGGCAUCGUAUUCGUAGCACGUUACGGGAAUGUAACCAACCUAAGCCCGUAAGUGCCCAAGUCGCGGUUGCUCCUACACAGCAAACACAGUCGAAACUGCCAGAAAUUCCCCUCCCUCGUUUCAAUGGCCAGUUAGAGGAUUGGAUCUCCUUCAAGGGUCAGUUCAAUUCACUUGUUAAACGCCGAGAAGGUCUUUCGGAGAGUGAAAAGUUGUUUUAUCUAAAGGCCGCUAUUCAAGAUGGCGCAGCUCGCCAUGUUCAAUCUGCUGAAGACACGUUUUCGUGUCUCUGGAGAGCUCUUUGCGGUGAAUUUGAGAAUAAAAGGCUUCUCGUUGAUAAGCACAUUGCCCAGUUGUUCCAUGUAAAGCCAAUAUUUCGUGAAUCAGGGUCAGCGUUGCGAUCGUUGAUUAAUGACGUGUCUCGUAAUCUUCGUGCAUUGAGCAAUCUUGAAUUAAAACUUGGACCUUUGUCUGAACAAUUUGUAGUACAUUUGAUCUGUUCUCGCCUUGAUUCUCGUACCAGAAAGGAUUUUGAGCUACAAUCAAUCGAAAAGCAGUUACCGUCAUGGGAAAAAUUGCUCGAGUUUCUUCAAUCUCGUUGUAGAUGUUUGGAAAAUAUAGAACACGAAAGCAAGGUUACCCAAGUCUCAAACCACGGUGCUCGCCAACAAGCAACCAGUAAAGCAUUUCCUGUCAGUGUUGUUUCAGCCAAACCAAACACAACUUGUUUCGUUUGCAAGGGUGCGCACUAUUUGAGUCGCUGUGAACAAUUUCUGAAGCUAGUCCCAGUUGAUCGAUUUGCAAAGGUGAAAAAUUUUGGUCUUUGCUUGAAUUGCUUUAGCAACAAACAUAGAGUGGCAGAUUGCAAGUCCAGCUCAUGUCGUAAAUGUGCACGUCGACAUCAUACCUUAAUUCAUGAAUCUGAACCGAACCCAGUAAACGCUGGUGCUUCGUCUUCCACGACAAACACACUUGUUAGUGUUGUACCAUCAUUAACCACCACCUCACAAUAUGUUCUCUACACAGCUGUGGUGCAGAUUGAGGAUGAGUACGGGAACUCCACACAAUGUAGAAUAUUACUCGAUUGUGGAUCGAUGCAUAAUUUGAUCUCCACGAGCAUAGUAAACGCGUUACGUCUACGCAAAUUCAGUACAAAUAUAAGCAUAGAAGGUGUAUCUGGAACACCAAAAUUGAUUAAGAACAUGGUUGGAGCACGGAUUCGCUCAAUCUCUAAUAAAAAUGUUUCGAUGAACCUGAACUUCCUAGUGAUGAAACGAGUCACAUCCGAUUUACCAAUACGAUCAUUUCCUAUCGAUCCCGGAAGAAUUCCUGUAGAUGUACAGCUUGCAGAUCCUCAGUUCAAUCGGUCGAGACGAAUCGAUAUGCUUUUAGGGAUUCAAGCAUUCAAUGAACUAUUCACUGGCCAAUCAUUUUCGUUGACAGACGAUGGCUCGUUCUGGUGCAAAGAGACAGUUUUCGGCUGGGUGGUGGGAGGAGCAGUCAGUACACCGAAAGGGCGGCUUACUGCUACGAACUUUUGUGGAGUAGUAACGAAUGAAAAUUUGAGCGAGCAGAUCAGCAAGUUUUGGGAGAUGGAGACUUUUCCCGAACCUCGAAAUUUGACCAAAGAUGAACGAGCAGCCGAACAAAGUUUUUUGGAUACGUACCGAAGGUUAUCGGACGGUCGAUAUGAAAUUGGCCUACCAUUAAAAUCAACUAUCGAUUCACUAGGUGACAGCCAAACGAUGGCUUUACGACGAUUUGUCCAAAUGGAAAGACGAUUGAUUCACGAUGCUACACUACGAGAUCAGUACUUAGCAUUUAUGAGCGAUUAUAGCGAGCAAGGUCACAUGAUCAAAGCCGAAUAUCCUUGUCCUGAUGGUUUUUUCUUGCCUCAUCAUGCAGUGUUCAACCCCGCGAGCACUACCACGAAGACACGAGUUGUUUUCGAUGCGUCGGCAUCCACGACGAGUGGAACGUCUCUAAAUGAUCAUUUACUCGUCGGGCCGGUUCUGCAACGUAAGCUAACUGAAAUUGUGCUUCGUUUCAGGGUACCGAAGAUAGUGUUUACUGCGGACAUUAAACAAAUGUUCCGGCAGAUUGUUAUUCGACCAAGCGAUAGAAAAUAUCAACAAGUUUUUUGGCGUGCGCGGCCUGAAGACCCUUUGGAGGUGUACCAACUAGCGACAGUCACAUAUGGCACAGCAUGUGCCCCAUUUCUAGCAACUCGAACACUGGAGCAAUUGUGCAAAGAUGAGCGAAAACGAUUUCCUUUGGCGUCCCAGGCUGGGACUGUAGACUUUUAUGUUGACGACCUACUAAGCGGAGCAGAAACAAUCGAGAAGGCAUUGGACCUACAGAACGAGUUUAUCCAAAUGAUGGCUUCAGGAGGAUUCAAACUACAUAAGUGGGCAUCAAACUGUCCUGCAUUACUGGAAUCGGUUCCGAAUGCUGAUAACGAACAAAUUGCCUUUUUUAAGGAUGAAAAAACGACACGUACCCUGGGUUUAACGUGGCAACCCCGACAAGACGUAUUCUUAACAAAACUGCACGAAAUAGAUUUCCACAACGGUCCAGUAACCAAACGAUCAAUCUAUUCAGAUAUAGCCAAAUUGUACGACCCUUUGGGCUUGUUGGGGCCAGUGAUCUUCGCAGCAAAGAUACGAUUGCAACGUUUAUGGCAGCUUGAGAUUGAGUGGGACGAUGUGUUAUCCGAUGAUGAAGCUGAACACUGGACUACCUUUCGGAAUCAAUUGGUACAGAUGGGAGAAAUACCAAUCAAGCGCGGUGUCUUUCCGUACAAUUUCCCUUGCCAAGUGGAGCUUCACGGAUUUUGCGAUGCGUCCAAUCUCGGUUAUGGAGCAUGCGUAUAUGUACGUUCGAUUAAUAAUUCCGGACAUUGCUCAACUAUUCUAUUAACCUCAAAGUCUCGAAUUGCACCACUGAAAAACGCUAAACCGACAAUACCGCGUCUUGAACUUUGCGGUGCACGUGAACUUGCCCGAUUAAUUUCAAAUAUAACGCACAAUUUGAACAUUACUUUUUCCAAAAUUGUUCUUUGGUGCGAUUCCACCACCGCUAUUUCUUGGAUAAAGACCGACCCAAGCAAGCUGAAGACAUUUGUUUGCAACAGAGUUAUCGAAAUACAGCAACUGACUAAAAGUAUAGAGUGGAGACAUGUGAACACAAAUGAAAAUCUAGCAGAUUUCAUAUCGCGUGGACUAUUACCUAGCGAGAUCCGAGCAUGCAAGCUUUGGUGGUUUGGUCCGACAUUUCUGACCAAAGACGAGACAGACUGGCCUGUGAAUUCUCAACAACUUCCGAUAGAACAGCUUCCAGAAUCGCGAAAUCCUUCAAUGAGCUUCGCGGUCAUCGAUACAUCCGAAAAAUUCAUCUUGUUCGCCAGGCAGAGCAGCUUUAGGCGAAUGCAACGUGUCAUGGCAUUUGCACUGCGAUUCAUCGACCAUAUUCAGCGAGGUAGUCACAAGGAUCAUCGAUAUGGGCAGCUCACCAUCCAAGAAUUAGACGAGGCAACGAAGGCGAUGAUCAGCAUAGCCCAGAGAGAAGCGUUUCCCAGAGAUUUCCGUUGUCUUGAAUCUGGUCAGGUAAUUCAUCAACAGAGUAAGUUAACUCAGUAUUCAGUGUUUCUAGAUAAAAGUCGUUUUGCUGUUAUGCGAGUUGGUGGAAGGAAUCAUAAUGCUUCAUGGAUACCGAUACAUCAGAGGCAUCCCAUGAUAUUACCACCUGGUCAUCCAUUCACACAUGCAGUUGUAAGAGCAUAUCAUGUUGAACUUCUGCAUGCUCCACAACAGCUAUUACUCAACGCGUUGCAAAGACGAUAUUCGUUAGUACACGGUCGCAGCACUGUACGCUGGGUCAUUCGACGGUGUGUUACUUGUUUCAAGGCGAAACCAGUGACAAUGCAACAGAUGAUGGGCAACUUACCGAAAUCACGCCUUGAAGGUGGCUACACAUUUCGAAAUACUGGAGUGGAUUUUUGUGGUCCUGUGUAUGCCCGUCAGCAAAAUAAGCGGUCAACUGUCGUGUAUAAGGCGUAUGUGGCAGUCUUUGUUUGCUUCGCCACGAAGGCGAUACAUUUAGAGCUGGUUUCCAACCUAACGGCGGAUGCAUUUAUUGCCGCAUUACAACGCUUCAUUUCACGCAGAGGUAAAUGUGAACGAUUGUUUUCCGAUAAUGGUCUGAAUUUCGUUGGUAGCAAGAACAAGUUACGAGAAAUGUACGAUAUGUUCCGGUCUCAGCUUUUUAAGCACAAGCUGGACGAUUUCUGUUCAAAGGCAGCCAUAGACUGGCACCUUAUACCGCCUAACGCUCCACACUUCGGCGGAUUAUGGGAGGCAGGUGUACGAUCUGCCAAAUAUCAUCUUAAGCGCAUAAUAGGGACGGCUAAUCUAAAUUUUGAAGAGUAUGCAACCGUUCUUGCGCGCAUCGAAGCCGUUCUAAAUUCGAGACCGAUUACACCAAUGUCGGUAGACCCUAACGACGUCGCACCUUUAACCCCUGGGCACUUUUUAGUGGGACGACCUUUAACGGAUAUUGCUGAGCCCGAUGUCACCGAUCACAAAGAAUCAACACUCUCCCGUUGGCAGCGACAAACACAGAUGGUGCAACAUUUCUGGCGUCGUUGGUCAAACGACUACAUUACGACAUUGCAGAAUCGCAACAAAUGGCACGAACGUUACCCAGUGAAGAAGAAUCAAAUGGUCAUCGUACGUGAAGACAAUCUCCCUACCAUGCAAUGGAAACUCGGCAGGAUCAGUAACGUCAUUCCGGGCCCGGACGGUCUAGUGCGAGUUGUGGACGUGCGUGUAGGCAAUAAGCUGUUCCGACGACCAAUUGCCAAGCUGUGCCUUCUACCAAUAGCAGACAACUUCCCAUCGGCCGACAACGAUUUUAAUAAUGAUUGAAUGAUUGAAAUUUUUCAAUUUCAAUGGGGCCAGCAUGUUCAGAAUUGAAGCAUCUUAUAAAAUUAGUUUGUAAUAUGAAACCUAGAGGGAACCUUUCUUGUUCUAAUAAAUCGAUGUAGAGAGCUAAGCACCUACCGUAGAG